AUGAUUACUUCUAAAAUUUUGAUUGGGAAACCAAAUCCAUUUCAAGCAGUGACAUUAGUUGCGUCUAAUUUCCAGACUGGCUUUGAAAUUUUAGGUGUUUGGAACUUUUCUAAUCAAACAGAAGAAGUCGAUUAUCAAUCAUAUAAUAGAAUCGUUAUGUCAGGUGUCACAAGGCAUGACCAAGAACAUUUCGCAAAGAAUCCAUCAUUUUUCUUCGAUUUCCCAGAGAAUAAAUUAUUACUUUUUGGAAAUUUCUUUCCAUCAAUAACAGAACCAAAUCAAACCUAUGCAUUAACAUUUUUUGUCCAUUCAGAAGAAAAUAUGAUUACCAAAACACAAAUUCCCUAUUUCCAUUCUUUUUUAGCUUUAUUAAUUCAUAAUGUACAAGAAAUAAUUAAGAGUGGAGAACACUUUCUUCAAGCAACACCACACAUAACAUUGUUUUGCACAAUUGCACUCAAACUACUCCUUUCUGGAGUUCAGCAACCAACAAAAUUUCCUUUAACAGCAGACAAGUGCAACUUCUUCUUACAGCAUUGUCUAGCAUCACACCUGCAAACUCAAAUGACGACUAUAAUUGAAAGCAAAGACGAAAAUUUAGCAAAAACUUAUUUUGAUUUUCUUUCGUUAUUUUUAACAAAAGAACAGCUAAAUUUAUCAUCGAAACUAUAUACGAACAGGGUAACUCCCGGCUUAUUCUUACAGAUCGUUUCUCCACAAACUGUCGGAUUUCCUCCAUCUGACCUUUAUUGUUACGAUAGACCAUGGACAUGGAUAAAUCUAGAUAAAGAAGAAGUUAUACAAGGCCCAGAUCAGUCAAUACAGACCUCCGUUUACCAAGAUAUAAUGUUAAAAUUUUUGGACUCUCCACAGAUGUUGGAAGAGUUCAAAUUAUCAAGACCAAGGUUUUCUGAUAACUGCUGUGCUUUCAAAUUAGUUCAACAAUUAAAAUCUGUGAAUGAUAUGGAGAAAUACAUUCUUUGUAUGGAUUUCUUUGGUGACAUAAUAAGGAAAGCAAUAUUAAUGGCCGAAUUAGUUGAAAAUAUGAAGUCAGAAAGCGGAAUAAUUCAACCUGAGGUAAAACAGGAAAUUUUGAGCCUAUUGAACAUAACAGAUAAGUCCGAUCUUAUCAUUAUAGGCAAUAUUUCUUCUUUCUUCGAUCAAAGAGUGGCAAGACGCUUGAUAUAUGGAAGAAGAGACCUUUUCAAUCAAAUUUAUGCAGCUGUAUGA